AUGGCACUGGCUACAACGACGCAGUCGCUUAGGUUUAUUCCUCCGGCGGCUGCCACCGGCGCCGGAAACCUCGAUGCAUUGAAUCGCGUUCUUGCAGACCUCUGCACCCGCAAUCCUAAGGAUGGGGCUGCAUUAGCAUUGAGGAGACAUGUAGAGGAACAUGCUCGCGAUCUAAGUGGUGAAGCAUUUUCCCAUUUUAUGGAUCAGCUGUACGAUCUCAUUACUACUCUUUUAGAAAGCAAUGAAGUCACUGAAAAUAUGGGUGCUCUGAGGGCCAUUGAUGAGCUAAUAGAUGUUACAGCCGGAGAAAAUGCUGUAAAGGUUGCUAAAAUUGCAAAUUACAUGCGAACUUCUUUUGAGGCAAAGCGUGAACCUGAAAUUUUGGUUCUUGCAAGUAAAGUGUUGGGUCACUUGGCUAGAGCUGGUGGGGCAAUGACUGCCGAUGAAGUGGAAUGCCUGGUGAAACUUGCACUGGAAUGGCUUCAGGGUGAUAGAAUUGAAUAUCGUCGUUUUGCUGCUGUUUUGAUAUUAAAAGAAAUGGCUGAGAAUGCUUCAACAGUUUUCAAUGUCCACGUACCUGAGUUUGUAGAUGCUAUCUGGGUUGCAUUGAGGGAUCCAAAGCUGGAUGUUCGGGAGCGAGCUGUGGAGGCUUUGCGAGCUUGCCUGCGGGUUAUUGAGAAGCGUGAGACUCGUUGGCGUGUCCAGUGGUAUUAUCGCAUGUUUGAGGCAACACAAGAUGGAUUGGGCAAAAAUGCCCAUGUUCAUAGCAUACAUGGUUCUCUACUGGCGGUUGGAGAACUACUGAGAUUGCCAGAUUCCCUCAACCUCUUUCGACCUUUCACAUUCUUUGAAGUCGAGGACUCUAGGACUUGA